AUGGUCAGACGGAACGUGCCAAUCGUGUCCUUGAAGAGAUACUUCGAGGAUACGUACACUCCUAUAAAAAGGAGAGAGAGUUUUUGGGGGGAGGAGUUUGCCAUCAACAACUCGGUGCAUGCGUCCACGACACAUACACCGUUUUACGUGAAUGGCUUGCGCCAUCCGCGUGUACCCACCUUACUAGAGUGUAACUCUGGUUUAAGGGGGGGAGGGACUCGCGCGAGCAAAAACCGAUUUGGUUCACGCUCAUCACGCUCUGACGAAGAAGUCAUUGCGUUUGAUGCCGAUAUCGAUAACAUCAAUAUCGAAGAAGAUGAUGCCAGUGAGAGUGCGGAAGCCCUCACUGAAGACAAUGAUCCCAGUGAGAGUGCGGAAGCCCUCACUGAAGAAAAGGUUGUUGUCGCUGCAGUGCGCUCACAGCACACUGAAGCUAACGAGUCAUCAGAUGAGUUCAUACUGGCUCGUGAAACGGUAGUCCGUUUUGUGCAAGACUCCAUCGCCGAAGCGGUGGAUAAGCAAAAAGCAAAACGCUGA